AGUAAAGGGGAGUGCAGCAGAGAGGUGAAGAAGAGCAUGCAGGCAGGGUGGAGUGGGUGGAGAAGAGUAUCAGGAACAAUUUGCGACAGAAGGGUACCAGCAAGGGUGAAAGGGUAGGUUUAUAAGAUGGUUGUGAGACCAGCUAUGUUAUAUGGUUUGAAGACAGUGGCACUGAUGAAAAGACAGGAGGCCAAGCUGGAGGUGGCAGAGUUGAAGAUGCUAAGAUUUUUGUUGGGAGUCACUAAGGAGGACAGGAUUAGGAACGAUUAUAUUAGAGGGACAGCUCAGGUUGGAUGGUUUGGAGACAAAGCAAGAGAGGCAAGAUGGAGAUGGUUUGGAUAUGUGCGCAGAGAGAUGCUGGGUGUAUUGGGAGAAGGAUGCUGAUUAUGGAGCUGCCAGGGAAGAGGAAAAGAGGAGGUUUAUGGCUGUGGUGAGAGAGGACAUGCAGGUGGCUGGUGUGACAGAGGAGCAUGCAGAGGAAAGGAAGAGAUGGAAACGGAUGAUCCGCUGUGGCGACCCCUAACAGGAGCAGCCGAAAGUAAAGGACGACUCAAAGACGUACAUGAACGCAGACCCAAACUGUCUACUCUUAAUUCCACCUCCUCUGUGAAAAAGUGGAUACCCAGCAUCAAAAGUGAGAUAGAGUAUUACUUGCAGCAGUCCCAACUUUCUCACUACCCGGAGAGGAAAAUAGUAGAGUUCCAGAUGUGCAUCGAGGCCCUGGAGAAAGAGUACAAACGUUUCAUCACCAAGCUACGAGUUCUUGACCCCUCCUGUAAAGAUAAACCAUGGACUCCCCGAGCAUACGUGAAGAGAAGGGCAGACAUUCAGGACUCUCCAAAUACUGUAAUGAAACUGAGGUGUUGUGGGUCACCAGACCGCAGGGGUCUACUGCGUGAAGGUGAAAAUGCCUUGACGAGGAAAGCAACUGAAGGUGGUGAAACCUCAGCCGAUGCCACUCGGCCACAUCUCAGCCAAUCAGAGGGCAAAUGCUCAACUUCUGUCCCCGCCAGUGUCGGUCCAAAAUCUUCAGAGCGGACGUGUUUGGAUCAGGAUCAGCCCCUCUCGUUUGAUCGUACCCGGCUGGCGGUGGCGGCGGCUGGGUUAAGAGACGCAGUACUUCAACCAGGCUCUUCGCACACACGCAGCCUAGCCAGGGUGCUGCAGUCUGGCCUGCCUAAUCUUUGUAGUUCCCCUCUAGGACAAAGUCUUGCUACUCAGAGGACAGAUGCCGCAGGGGCUGAAGGGAAGAAGAUGGUGAUGGAGUCCGUCACAGGAAAAACUGGUGCAGUCGAAAGACAUAAGCCCAGCUUUGAGCCUAAGCCAGAAAUGGCAGAGGUGAUGCCAGGAAAGUCCCACAACACCGGGACAACAAGAGACAAGACAAGGCAUGUCCUGGGACUCGACUGUUAUUCCUCCUCAGAUGAGGGCUCAGACACAUGAACUUUCUAACUAACAGAAUGGGGCUGUUCUUGCUCUUACUUCAUAGGCAUUUGAAAUCUGAAUGAGUUUGCCCCAGAUGAUGAGUUGUUUAGCUGGUAGAUGACGAAAUAGAAAAGACCUGUAAAGGGAAGUUUUUUUAAUGGUUGCGUCGCGGUCAAAAAAAGAAAAAAAAACCUAAUUUUUAAGCAUUAUUUUGCUUUGCUCACUGUCGCGUAAUCAAUCAUCGAUACCACAGUUCGCUCCGUUAGCACGAUUUGUGAACGAUGCACAAACCAAUGGAGACGAUGCAUACCGUUUCAAUGACUCACCCUCAGACUUUUUCCCUGGGUAUACUUACUAGAGUGACAACUCAGCCCACAACCAGGUUAGACCCCCGCACACACACACACCCCUCCCCCCACCUCAUGCUGUGCCGUCAGGAGGGCUGCUUUCAUUGUGACAAUUCUGAGAAACGGGCUCAGCACCUUGUAGCACGCCAGCACACUGCCGUCUAUGGUUAAGUUUGACGUGGAUGCUGUCUCACCUAACUGUCUGCACAGUGCACGGUGGGAGCCUCUAUAUGUCACUGCAGGGACCUGAGGAAAUGAAACUUAAGCCUGUGACGAUGGACCACGCCAGGGUGUAAGACCUGCACAUUCGUCACAGAUGUACUCUUAUUUAAUUUUUUUUUAGAGGAUAAAUAUUAGUUUAAUUUGAAAUAAAUACCAUUGCUUUAUAUUUCAGAACAAGCUUUUUUGCAUUAAA